AUGACGAGGAGCGCAACUGCGACACCGAAACCGCUGCUGUCAACACUACUCGCAAUAUCGACGCUAUUCGCGAUAUCAUCGCGGAUUCAAAUAUUUGCCUACCAGCUGGCUCCGGCGCCGCUGCCGAUCCGGCACAUUGACGAGCAUCCGUCGCACCAGCUGCAGCAGGACAUAAUGGACUUUAUCGACCUGAUUCCGUUUGCCGAUGUGCACUCGCUGAUGCAGUACUACUAUCACUACGACGCCGAGGUCGAGAAUGCCUUCGAUUAUGUGUGCAGUGAAGACUACUCGCAGAUAAAGUUGGAAAUUGCGAACCUAAACGAGGUGCGAAACUUCCGCCGGUAUCUGGACGGCAUCGGUUUCAGCGUGGAGCACGUAUGGCAGGAGCUUACCGCGCGGUUCAACGUGGACGACAUCUUUGCCGAGCCGGACGAGACGAUACGGAAUUUAAAUCUCACCACCCAGGGACUGAACGGAUUAGUCGAUGACAUAUUAGCACUGCUGCCGCAGGACGAGAUAAUCCUGCUAUUCUUCGACAAACUGGAGACCAGCAACGAUUUCUCGUACUUCUUCGAGCAGAUCGGCAGCGGGGAGUUCGAGAGUGUGCUCAAUAUGCUGCAGAGCUCGCAACAGCUGAGGAUUCUACUAUGGAGAUUACAGCGGCAUGGCUUUGAUAUUCCCGGUUGGAUACAACAAAUUCAGCGAUACUUUAGCUUCAGUAGUUUCUAG